AUGAAAUAAUAGCCAGAACCAGAGAUUCCUACUCUCUAAUAAUAGGAUAAAUAUUUAGAGAAGAUGCGUUAAGGAUAAGGGUUGGAAGUAAAUUUCAAAUUGUUUAACGACUUUCUAAAAUUAAGAGCUGCUAGCUUUUCAAAAGUUACUAUCAUGUUGAUCGUUUCGUUUUUUCAUUAAGCUUUGAGUUAUAUUUCUUAGUAAGGCUAAUUUUUAUAUUCUGAUAUAAGCACCUUGCAGAUUUACAUUAUUCAACAGAGAGUACAUUAUUAAAUCAAAUUCUCAGCGCAUGUCAAUAUGUAGAUAUCCUGAGUUUAUUACGUAUUGACACAAAUUUUUCAUAUUUCAUCUUUACGAUAGCAUUAAUCUUUACAAUUGGUCUAACUCUACUCUAUUUGAUUAUUUAUAUAUUAGGACCAGAAUACAAGCCUAGAAAAAAGUUUAUUGGGAAAGUAUUAAUUUAUUGAUUAUACAAUAGUUAUUUGUGUUUCUUUGUGAUAUUUAUAUUUGGUUAAUGUUCUUUCCAUGUAUGAUUACAUGUUUUGAAUUUUGUCUAUGUAAUUAAGAAUAGGAAUGUAUUUUUGAUGCAGUCAGAAUAAUCUUAACAUUGUUAGCUAUUUUAGGAUUAAUAUGUGGAUUACUUAAUAUAUUUGUAUUAACUGCUUUGUUUCAUAAUAAUUGGGAAAAUAAAAAAGAUUGUUUCAAUGGAGAAAAUGUAAUUUAUCUAAGUAGUUACUAAUUUAGUCGUUUUGUAAUGGCAUUCUUUGUAGUUUUUAGGUAUAAUUAUAAUAUCAUAUCUAAGUACUAAAGUAUACACAUUCUUAUGGUUAUUUAUGGUGGUGUCAUUUUUGAUUUACACUUUAUUUUUAGCAAACAUUAUAAUAGGAAAUGGUUUCUUAGCUUUUGGGACUAAAUAUACUAGAUCAUUAUUUAUAAUCAUGCUAAUAUUUUUGAUUAGUACAACUUUUUCAACUAUAAUUGAUGAAUUACAUCGAAGUUAGAAUUAUGAUAAAACAGUUGAAAAUUUUAGUGUUUAUUUUUUAUUCACUUUGAUCUUCCUUUUAUUGACUAUUGGCUAUAAUUUAAGACAUUCUUAAAGUUUAACUAUUUAAUUUGAUAUUCAUUCUCUUACUGCUGAUGCAUUAUAGAAAUAAAUAUAUACAACUCUUGCUUUUCUAGAAGUAUCACUUACUGAUAUUUCAAUUGAUACUUAUUUUAAAGGGAUAUUAUAGAGACAUUUAGAUUUUGAAUGUUAACAUCCUGUAAUUAAAGGGGAAGGAAGAUGUUUUUGUAAAAAGAAAAGAGUCUAUGAUUCAAAGAAAAGAAAGGAAGUAAGAGUUGAAGAAUGGAUUACAAUGAAAGCAAUAAUUAUGAAAUUUCUAAUAAAAAGUUGGAUUGAAACAUAUCUUAGUGAUAGACCUAAUGAUGUAGGUAUUAAAAUACUAUAUGCAAGGUAAGAAAUAUAAUUAAAAUAUAGGUUUAUGUUUAGUAAAUUUCAUAAUCAUUAAAUUGCAUUGCAUAUUUUAUCAGAUUUAGAAAAGAGAUUUACAUUUUUAUUGGAUAGAUAUAAAUCUUAUUAAUUAAAAUGGAAAAUAAUAAAAUUUAUAAGACAUAAAAAUAAUGAUAGUUAUAAAGGUAAAUUAGAGAUUGAAAAUGCAUUAUUUGUAGAAGAAUAAAUUGAUUCAAUAAAAAAUAAUAUAACAAAUAUUUUAAAAUAGAAUUGUAUAUUUUGGAAUAAUCUUUAAUAAACAACAAUAGAUAUGAGUGAAAUGGACAAUCUAUUAUAAAUGUAAUUCAAAAAAAUAGAAGAAACAAAACAUUUAUGGAUAACAAUUACUAAUUAUUUAGAAUAUAAAAAGAAAUGGAAAUUUUAUUAUGCAUGGUUCACACUUUAUAUUUUAAAUAAGAAAAUAAAAAAUAGAAUUUUAGAUAAUUUUUAAGGUUUUUAAGUAAAUGAGAAUGAUAUCUUUUCAGAAGAAUUAUAAGAACACAAUGCUGAUGAAGAUGUAAAUAGUGUUAAAUCAGGAUUUUUAGAUAAUGAAAAAAUAGAAAUAAAAAGCAGGAAAAUUAUAUUUGAUAAAAAAGCAUGUAUUAUAUAAGCAAGUGAUGACAUUUAAUCAUAAAUUCUUAAAGUUAAUAAAUAAUUUACUCGUAUCUUUGGUUAUUCUAGUGAAGAAGUAGUUAGAAUGUAAAUAUUAUUAUUAUUUAUUAGAUUACCAAUCAUUAAUUUAAUGCCUGAUGUUUUUAGUAAAGUACAUCCUCAAAUACUUAAUGAUUACAAAUAAACAGGUAAAAGUAAUUCUCUUUAUUCAUAAAGAAAGAUUUAUUGUCUUCAUAAAUCUGGUGUUAUGUUUACUGCAUGGAAAUUCUUAAAAUUAUAUGUAGAUUUGAAUGGAUUAUCUUAAUUUGUAAUUAUGGUGAGACCAACUGAUUUUGAUAAUGAAAAGAAACAUGAUUACAUGAUAAUUAAUAAUGAUUGGGAAAUAAAUGGAUUAACUAAUAAUGUACUUUCAGGACUUAAUCUUGAUCCUCGUCUUUUCAAAAAAGUAUCAUCUGAAUUUAUACUUUUUAAUUUACUUUUAUUUGCACCCAAACUUAUUUAAUAUUCUAGAAUUGCUCCAUUAAUUAAUGAAGAAAAAGAUCUACCUAUUUUUGGAAUGAUGAAAAAUCCUAGAAAACCAGUUUAAAAGAUUAUACAUCAUCAAAAUGUUCUUGAAAAUUAAUUAUCUAAUUCAAGUAAACCUAAAAUUAAUGUCAAUAUGCUUGGUUCAGCUUCACUCAAAUAAUCACUUGGAAAACCUAUUUAAGGUAUGUAUUCUGAUCUUGAUUUUGGAUCUAAAGUAUUAUUACCAUAACAAUCUAUUGAUUAAUAAGCACCAUAAUAAUUAGUAGUCUAAAAUGAAAGAGAUAAAUUUCUAUAACAUUAAAUGAGUUCUAUUAGUGAUAAGAAUGAAUUUGAAGAUUUCAAUAAAUAAUUAGGUUAAUUUGAUAAAAUAUAAAAUCUUAAUUAAGAAAUGGAAAGAAGAGCAGAAGAAUAAAUUAAUUAACUUAAAGAAACAUAAUUUUAAAGUAAUUAUCAGAAAAUAUAAACUAUGGGUAAUAAAGAAAAAGAUGCUUUUAGUGAAGAUAAUGCAAGUAGAGAUGAAAUGAUUGAAAAAAUUAAAGGAAUUAAAAUGUUAGAAGGUAAAAUAAAUAGUGGAGAAUAAAUUUAAUUUAGAAUGAAAAUUCCAGAAAAUAUGGAUAAAAUUAUUGAUUAUUAUUCAUCUUAAAAAUCUAAAAUGUACUAAUUAAAAAAAUAAUAAGAUGAUGUAUUAUAAAUUAUUAUAUUAGUAAGUUAAAUAAGAAGAAGUUAUAGAUUAAGGAAAGAAAAAGGAAAAAGAAAAAUUCUUUACUAAAUAAGGAACAUAAUAAAGAGAAUUUAGAAAAAAAGCUAGACUUAUGUUUUAAAAAGCAGCAGAAAUGAAAAGAUGUUAAGAUGAUGUGUAAUUUAUUUAAUUAUAUAAUAUAGAAAUUUCUAUGAAUUAUUACUUGAAAUCUAUUAGAAACUAAUAACAGAAUAAAAAACUCGUACAUAUAAGGUGAAUUGUACUAUUUAAUUCAUUAAAAUAAAAGAUGAAAGAGUAGGUAUAAUCAAAGUUAUAUCAAUAAAUGAAAUAAUGAAAAUUAAAAGAGUUACUAGAGAACGAGAUAAUAAUCGUAAAUAAUCAAUCUUUUUAAAGAAUAUAUAACCAUCAAGAGAAUUAGGUGGUAAAGGAUCAAAAUUAUCAGCUACAAAUUUAUCAAAUUAAUUUGAAAAUUCAAAAUUUGUAUCUAUGGCAAGUGAAAAUGAUACUAAAUAAUAGAUUAGUCCUGUAGAUAUUAAAUCUAAUCCAAAGAUGUCUUUAGUGAAAGAUAAAUCAUUUAAAGGAAAUUUAGGUUAUCAAAUGAAUGCUCAAAUUCAAGAAAUUGAUGAUGAUAAAGAUCUAUUAAUUGAUAGUAAAGCAUUUAAUAAAAUGAUUAAUUGGGAUACCUUUUAAUAACAAUUUAAAAUGUAAUAAGGAGCACUUAAUUUUUCACUUAAUGCUGGAGAUAAUAUAUUUAGAAAAGAAGACAAUAAUAAACCUCGUAAAUUCUUAAUUAAAAUUGCUUAUUUAACUUGGUUUUUGAGAAUAAUGUUUGUUGCCAUCAUUACAUUAAAUCUAUUAACUUAUUUCCUUAAACCCUUUUUAGAAUUUAAUCCAAUGAUUUCUUAGGCUAAUAGAAUCUUAGCAUUAUCAUAAAUGUAAACAACUAUGAUUGAAACAUAUGAUACUCUUUUAGAUCUUUUAAUAUUCCGAAAUGAAUCUGAUUUUAAUGAUAUGGGAAUGUCAGAUAAAUUAACCUAUUAUAAUUAUCAACUAUCAUCUAUUUAAGAGAGUUAUGAAUUUCUUAAAUUACAAAUUAAAGAUUUAGAUUAACUUUAAACUUUUCUUGAUGAUAAUAUUUUCUACUCCAAUGCCAUAUUAGAUGAAUCUAUACUUGGUUAGGCUAAUACUACUCUUACAUUAGAUAGUAAAGACUUUUUUACUAAAUUUAUUAUGUUAGAACAUUAGAUAUCAAUGAUGGAUGCAUCUUUAUUAGAAAUAAUAGGUCCAUCUGACCCAUUUGUUAAAUUUAUUAGAUAUGUUACAAUACCAUAAUUAUAUAAUUAACUAAAUAAUGCAGUAAUGGAAUUAUAAACUAUAGUUUUAGAGAAAUCUGAUUCUAUUUCUGAUUUUGUUGUUGUAAUAUUAAGUAUUGAAGGUUCACUUUUAGCCAGUGGAUUUUUUGGAUUAUUAGUUAUAAUCUUUUGGAUUAGUUAAACAUAUAAGGCAGUCUUAAAGAUAUUUAUACUUAUUUAAAAGAAUGAUUUAAAUAAGAUUGUAAAAUAACAAAAGUUCAUAGAAAAUCAAUUUAAAUAUAUAAUAACAAAAGAUUUAGAAAUUAGUGGAAUUUAACCAAAAGGUGUUUAUUAAAGAUUUAAUUCUCUCUCAUCUAAACAUAAUUUUCAAAUGUAAUAAAACUUCCUUUUAAUUAACGAAGAAGAAGAAUAGAAUAUGAAUAAGAAGAGAGAGAAGAAUAUCAUUGAUAGAUAAUUACUCAAAUCUUUAACUCUAAAAUUAUAUGCAACAUACAUAAUAUUAGUAUUAUUAUCUGCUGGAGCUUCCUUUGCCUUUUUCUUUACAUUAAAACAAGCAAGUAGUGAUAUUAGUAAUCUAAUAUAAAUUGGAUAAAUUACUAUAUCUGAUUUUUCUGAUAAUUAACUCCUAUUAGUAUCUGUUAAAGAAAGAUAUUAUAAUGAAGAUAAUUAUGAAUCUAAUUACCUUCCAAAAGUUAAAUCUUUACUUCAAAGUUAAAUUGAAAGUGUCAAACAAACACCUUAAAUUGAUAAUCCAGGAUAUGGACAUUACUAUAAUGGAUUUCAAAAAAUUUAUUUUGAUAAUCUUUGUCAUUAUCUAUUUAAUUAAUCUUGUAAAUAAAUUAUAUUAAAUAUAGAACUAUCUUCAGCUGAAUAAACUGAUUGUGAGUCAUUAGUGAAUGGUAAAUUAAAAGAUGGUAUAGUUGCAUUUAAUUAGUAUUUCCUCUCAAAUGUCUAAGAUUAUGUUCUAUUAAAUAUAGAUAGAUUUGGAUAUAUCAAUAAUAAAAUGAUAUGGAAUCUAAAUUCUUGUAUUGACUAUGUUAAAGCAGCUUUUAAAAAUUUACUAACAGAAUGGGCUAAGGUAUAAUAUUAUAACAAUAAUAUAAAGGAUUUAAAUUAAUUAAUUGAUUCAAAUAUUACAUUAGUAUUAGUGUUGUUAAUUGUAAUGCAAUUAUUUUAAUUAAUUGUAUUUCUGGCAAUUGCUGAGAUGUACUUGGUAAACCAACUUAAUAAGACAUUUUCUUUUUAUCGAUUAGUUUACAAAUCUUAUAUGCCAAAUGAUAUAAUUUAAAAAGAGAAAAUAAUAAGAGCCUAAUUAAUACGUUACAAUAUAAUUAAGAAAUGA